AUGGUAAAGAGUGUUGUGUGGUUAUUUGAUUCUGGAGCGACACACACAUUUGUGUCUGAGGAUUGUGUUGCUGAUUUGGGUUUAGUUGUGAGGGAGUUACAGUAUGAUUUGGCUGUAGCUACUCCCACUUCAGGGUUGGUCAAGGCAUCUACUUUGUGUGCUAGAUGUUCUAUGGUUGUAGAAGGGCGUUCGUUCAAGGUAAACCUCAUAUGUUUACCUUUACAAGGAUUGGAUGUGAUCUUGGGGAUGGAUUGGCUAUCUGCCAAUCGCAUUCUCAUAGACUGUGGUGAGAAGAAGUUAGUCUUUCCUGAAGAAGAAGUGGCAAGUGAGCAAGGUUUAAAUCACUCAAUUGUGAGUGAUUUCUUGGAUGUGUUUCCUGAGGGAGUGUCGGGGUUGCCUCCUCAGAGGGAAGUCAAGUUCUCUAUUGAUCUGGUGCCUGGAGCAGGACCAGUAUCAAUAUCGCCGUAUAGAAUGGCUCCAGCUGAGUUAUCUGAGCUGAAGAAGCAAAUUUAA